UUAAAUUUUAAUUUACAUGAACAACAUCACCAAGAGCUUGUUCAGUUGAAUUACAAUAAUACACUAAAAGAACAAAAAAUGUCUAAAUGCAAUUUACAGUGUUGCAAAAUGAAUAGAUUUAUUAAUUAAUUGGAUUAAUCAGUACACCCCUAUUGUUUAGGAUAAAUUCAUUAAACUAAAACAUAUAAGAACUGUAGUCUCAAUUAAAUUAAUAUUUAGGUUUUCACUUUUUUAAUGAAGUACUUAACUAAACCAAUUGUUUGCAAUAUUUCAAAUAAAUAAAAAAAAGCUUUUCUUGCCAAAACUCUUGACAGUAUUUAAAAUCUCUAAAUCACUAUGGAUUCCCACCUUACUUACAAAGAACAUCUCUGAAAAAUCACACAAAAGCUCAGAAUCUGUGCAUAAUUGUCCUUUGUUGUGUAGGACUGGCACAUGGGAAACCAGGGCUAGAUUCCCAGGGGGGGGUGAUGAGCUUCCUCCAGUGGGUCGUUGGGCAAGACCCUUUGCGUUUGUGCCUAACUAUGUAGCCACACACACAGUCCCCAGCCCGGAUAACAUGCAGAGUUGUGUCAAGAAGGGUACCCAGCAUGAAAACUCUGCCAAACCAAAUAAUGCAUUUUUGUCCCAAUACAGUAUGAGUUAAGUCGACAUUUUUCUGGUUUUCAGCAGCAAAUGGAUUGGGGAUUAUUAGUUAAACUUAAUGACUUAUGUGAUCCACACCAGCUAAACACAUCACUGACAUGAACUCACUUCAGAAACACUGGUGUUUAAUUGUAUUUUAUAACCUAAAUAUAACUUUUGAGAGGCUCAGCAUUUUUCCAUCAUAAUCCAAUUUAAUAUCAAUUCCUAAUGGACUUUUUCCAUUAUUAGCCUUAAAAACUGUUACUGAUAAGGUUUUUCCUCAUGGUGCUGCACGUUUAUCCAGGAUUAAGAUCUAUGGUCAUGUGAUGGAUAGCUUUCACAGCAACAAUUGAGAGGUAUCUGAGGCCUCUCUUCCAAAUGCCGGUUUUUUAAAAGUCAGGGGCUGCGCUACAGGGAGUAAGACCACCAGUGCCCAAAAAUAACAUUAAAUUAUCAUUAAAUUAAAAUAUCAUGCUAUCAUUUGCCACCCUUCCAAAGUCUUCUACCCCCCUUCCGCCCCCUUCUAAAAUGUUCUAGCCACAACACUGCUUAAUGUGCCUGAACAUUUUAUUUAUUUAUUUUAUAAAUAAACUAAUUAAAUAAAUACUGUUCUGUUGUGAAGAAUAAAUCAUAUUAAGACAGAAAAAUCAAAUGUAACAAUUUAAAACAGAACAAGUAAAUGCAGAAAAAGAAAAAUAGUCAAUUUAAUAUUAAUAGAAUAAGGGCUCCAUGUAUUUGUUAAUUGGCCAAAGCGUCUCCAUGGUUGCAGCCCAACAAACACUGACAGCUACAGUGUCCUACAUUCACAGCGUCAGUGGGCCCCUUGCAGAACUGCAGCAGUGAUGCCGACAAAAACCUCCAAAACAAAACGCGUCAAAGGCGGGUGAGUGUGAAUUCUAGGCCUGAUGUGUUCUGUUAAUUCAUGGUAAAUAAACCAGAGGCCGCUCUUUGUCACAGCAAAGUAAAAGGAAAGAAAGACGGCAAACACGAGUCCAAAGGAGACAAAGAGUCGGACGUGGAGACGGCCAGAGCCAAUGCCGCUCUUUGGGAGUUAAGAUUAAAGGCCACCAACCAGGACCUCACAGAGUACCGGGAGGCCAGCCACAACCUGGCACGCGCCAACGAGGGGCUCAUUAAUCAAUUACUCCGCGCGGAGAGAGACUCUGUCGACGUCAGCGGUCACUGGGAGAGAGAGAUGGCUGCAAAACAAGAGAAGAUUAGAAUGCUGGAGGAAAACCUGCAAAGACAUCAGGCGCUUUCACUUGAAGAGAAAAACAACAUGACUAGAGACUUAAACAUCAUUCAAGAGAAGGUAAAGCAACUGAAGGAAAGGGAAGCUCGACUGGAACAAGAACUCAGAAAUGUGAAAGAAACCAUGUCUGUUGCUGACAAGAAGCACAAAGAAAACCUCAUUGAAAUGGAGGAAAAAUGCCUGAAAGAAAAGGAGUGUGUGGUAAGGGAGACUAUGGAACGAUGCGAUUUACAGGAAGUCCUGUUAAAGCAGGACCACCGCGAAGCCAUUGAGCAGCUGGAAGGUGUCUUGCAAACUGCAUUGGAGAAGCGCGAUCAGUUGAAUGAAACACUGAAAAACACCACGAAAGAAGCGGAGGGCUUGAAGAAACUGACCCAUUCACUGGUUGAAGAAAACACCAUCCUGGCACAGAACAAGGAAAUGCUUGGGAUGACCAUUAAGAAGAACCUGGCUGACAUUGAACACAAAAACCAGAAACUUUCUGAGUUCACAGCAAAGAUUGCUUCCCUGGAAGAGGCCUUGGACCUCAAGUCUAAAGAGCUUCAGCAACAGGAGGAGAAGGAGCAGAAGAACCUAGUUAUCAUCCAGUCAAAAGAGGUGGAGAUGGAUAAACUGCAGAGGGUUCUGGCCAUGCGAGUGAGGGAGAUGCAGGGCCUAAAGCAGCUGGCGAGCACUGUUGUGAAGAAGCGCAAAGAGAUGGAAGAGUUCUUCUAUGAGGCACUGGAUCAUGUUAGGCACGAAAUCGCUGCCAGCAGGUUUAGGUACAAAAAGGAGAGCAAACAGGCUUACAGCUGGAGGUUCAGAGAAGCCACAGCAGGAAAGAUAGAGUUCCCACCCAUCUGCACCUUCCAUAAAAGUCCCAACAGUACCAACCAUGUAUAUGCAGACAUGGAGGCAUCUGGAAAAUGCUCUCAUCUUCUGGAAAAUGAAGUCAAAGUCUCAGAUCUUACUUGGGAGCAAAAGGAACAAGUGCUCAGACUCCUCUUUGCUAAAAUGAACGAACAGACAGAAAGGAAACUCGUUCAACGUUCGUCUCCUCGUCCCUCCUGCGAGAUGCAAAACAGCUUAAAUGGCACAGAUGCUGCCGAGUAAGACUCAAAAGGAAUGUUCAAGGACA